AUGGCAUCAGACUUGCCGAGCCCCGAGGCUCGCGAGUUGAGUCUGAUAGGCAAGGUCGAGUUUAGGAUCGCGAUGGCCGACUCUGAUGAGAAGCUUCAGUCCUUACUUAUGACAUAUCUGGCUCCACUUUUGCUCAAACUAGGAUCAGACAGUGUUGCAGUGCGCAAUAAGGUCAUCUCCGUCUGUCAGCAUGUCAACACCCGGGUCAAGGCCCCCUCCAUCCAACUUCCAGUUGCCGCGCUAUUGAAGCAAUUCAAGGAACAAAAGUCUCACCUCGUUCGUCAUUUUGACUUGAUAUAUGCGCAGCAAGGUAUAGAUCGCUUGGGCUCGGAGGCCAGGGUCGAGAUCCUGCUGCCCUUGCUCCAGGGAAUUGCAGAGAUCGGGACUUCGGCUACUCAGGGUGCCAUCGUCUUCAACCUUGUGCUACGACUGUUACCCCUUUUCAAAAUCCCGCCAAAGGGCAGCGACGAGGAUCAAAAAUUGAAAGAACGCCUAAGAUUGUCUGACGAAGACACUCGCUUCUUGUCCUUCUGGCUGACAAAGCUACUUCUUCUUUCUCCUGCAGCCGCCGAGGCUCCAACAUGCCCUGGUUUGUCUCCCGAAGAAUACAAAUUUCUCAACAAAGAUGCGCCUGCGACCGAAACGUGGAAUCCUGCGGUCUCGGGUGGCUUGAAUUUGACAGAAACCAAAGUCAUCGCUCUUCGCUUCCUCGGGAGUGGCGCAUUUGCCGACUCCCAACGAUUUUUACCUUCAUUAAUUGCCACUGCAGACGCUAACUCACGGCUUGCUGAUUUGGGUGACGAAACUCUCAAAAGAUUUGCUGUUGAUCUUGAAGACUCGACUGUUGUGGAGCAGCUAUAUGAUUUAUAUUUUGGCUCCGGAGAAGCAGAUGGGGCUCCUCCAGUGCGACCGCUUCUGCAAGUGCGAAUCUUGGUCUUCUUAGGCAAAUCCAUAAAAGCUACUGAGAACACACAAAGAAUCUACAAGCUCAUCGAGGAUGGGCUAUUAUCGGAUGCCGCGAGAUCUGCCCAAGGUCUGCAAGCAUCCAAGCUUAGAACGCAAAUAUUCACUUUCACCACGUGGGUCGUUCGUAUGGGCUCGCCAUCUGACCUCAAGCAAAUCGCUCCCAAGUUGAUUGCAGGUUUGAGAGAUUUCAUUCAGUCUCAAGGAUGGCCAAGUCCUGCUGCUAGUGGGCAAAAGCUCCCCGCAACCGAUCUGAGCUUGCGCGGGCUGGCCUAUGAAAGUAUUGGUAUCAUGGUGCCCAAGGUCGACUUUCAACUGCGCGAUGAAACCGGCGAGAAUUUCGAAUUCGAUCUCGUCCGAUGGUUGUUUACAUCUCUUAGCUCCGAUGACUCCAGCCCGCAGAUCUUCGUCAGCAUUGACCAAGCCUUGGGAAGCAUAUUGAAUUCCUCCUUGGACAGCCAUGCCAAAGAGUUUCAGGACCAGCUGCGCCCGUUCCUGGUUAAUCAGAUGGGCUUGCAGCAGGGAGAUACCGACCCAGAUACUGGCUUUGAUUGUGUUCGAGGCGUGCAGUACGCUGCAGUACGGUUCGCCAACCGGUUCCUUCCAUACAACGACGUGGUUGCUCGCUGGGUCGACCUUAUGGCCAUAGCCAGAGGCCCAGAAAGGCAACAGGAAAUUGUAGAGGAGGGCAAGAAAGGUCUUCACCCUUACUGGUUCCGACUCCUCAACCCGACCAAGGACAAGAAAUGGGAAGCUAGUCGAGCAGUCGGUGAGCGCGACGAGUCGUGGUUUGACUUUCCCAAGUUUACCGAGGCCACUCAAUUCCUUUUCGGCUCGGGCGCACAAGACGGAACUUCCGCUGUCCAGGGUAUAUCGACACCCCAACUUCUAUCUGGUCCUUAUAAGAAUGCCUUCGUUCCUGCAGUUGCGUUCCUGCGAAAUGCCCUUCUCUCAGAGGCAUUCUCAUUGGCUGGUAUUACCACUGAGCUUGAGCAGGACUGGGAUUACAAACUCGAGAUUGAGCUUUCUAGCAGCGUGGAAGCGCGAUCUGCCGUACGACAGUAUAUCCGCAACUCCGCCAAGGAGCCCGUGUUCAUUUUCUUGUCCGGGAUUCUCCACGGAAUCGUCAAAGAGGGACUUCCUGGCCUGCGUCAAUGCGGACUCAACUUCGUGGAGAUUUGCUCCUUGGCUCCGAAUGAUGUAGUUGAGAAGCUUUUCCCGCUUGCUCAAUCAUUGACUAAGCCCAUCUUCAGCAACAACCAAGAUAUGCAGGGCUACGCUGCCAGGGCAUUUGGCAUCCUCGUCUCCCACCCUGCUUUUGAUGAUAGCUCAUUGAAGAACUUUGUGACCGAGCUGGCGAGUACCAUCGAGUCAUGGAACACCGCUAUUGGUGAAGCUGCGCUUCGUGUCCGCGGUGCGGUUCUAUCAUUAUCAUACCUGUUGAGCAGACUUGCUUAUCGGAAACUCCUUGACAAGGUUCCUGAAACACAAGUCAAACAUUUCAUCGAUGCAGUGUUGGAUAUCAUUGAUGUUUCUCGGGAUACUCUUCUUCAGCGAACAGCAGAGCUAGCCUUGGGCCAACUCAGUUUAUCUGGGGUUAUAUCGCUCCAAACUCUGCCAGAGGAUGGCUGGAAGAAGUUACAGAAGAAGCUGGCGACCGAUGCAAAGACCGAAAAUAACACCCCCAUCUCCGCUCUGGGUCUUCUAACGUUGACCUUCUCCCGGGCUCAGCCGGAUACAUCCUUGUUCAACGACUUCUUGGGCUCUCUUUAUAGUCUUCACGAAAUCAAGAGCCCCGAGGUCCAGUUCACUAUCGGCGAAGCACUCAGCAAUGUUGCGGUCGGUUGGGAUUCACGGGCAUUAAUCCAAGAGUUUGAUGUCGAUGCAGACUUCCCCCAAUCAGAUGUGCCACGGACAGUAUUUGCCGAGGUAUGCGACAAGCUCAUCACGGAUUGUGGCGCUUCCAAGCCAUCUCUUCGGAAAGCGUCGGCUAUAUGGCUCUUGUCACUCGUGAAGAACUGUGGACACCUCCAAGAGAUGCAGGAACGCCUCCGUAGGUGUCAAGCCACAUUUACCAGUCUGCUGGGAAGUCGGGAGGAAGUGGUACAAGAGACUGGUGCCCACGGACUCAGCCUUGUCUACGAGAUUGGCGACCAGUCCCUCAAGGAUGACUUGGUCCGUGACCUGGUGGAUUCAUUUACCGCGACAGGGUCUAAUCUUGGAGGUGGCAAAGUUACUGGGGAUACCCAGUUGUUCGAGCCCGGGGCUCUGCCGACUGGCGAAGGGUCCUCGAUCAAUACCUACAAGGAUAUUAUGAAUUUGGCUGCCGAGGCAGGAGACCCAACUCUUGUCUACCGGUUCAUGUCUAUGGCAUCCAACAAUGCUCUCUGGACGAAUCGAGCUGCAUUCGGUCGAUUUGGCAUCAGCAAUAUCUUCUCCGAUUCCAGCGUCGACGGAUAUCUUGCCAAGAAUCCCAAGAUCUAUCCCAAGCUCUUCCGCUACCGAUUUGACCCUAACCCGAAUGUGCAGCGAUCUAUGAAUACCAUCUGGCAGGCACUCGUCAAAGACCCGACCGUGGUGGUAGACACGCACUUUGACCAGAUUAUGGAAGAUCUACUCAAGAGCAUGCUUUCAGGGCGCGAGUGGCGUGCUCGCCAGGCAAGUUGUGCCGCCGUGGCGGAUCUUGUCUCGGGACGCCGCCCAGAGAAAUACGCCCAGUAUCUCGAUGAGAUCUACAGCAAGGCAUUUAAGCUUUUGGAUGAUAUUAAAGAGUCCGUGCGGGUGGCCGCCCUCAAGCUCUGUCAGACCAUUACCAACUCGGUGAUUCGUACGCUCGAAACCAAUGGCUCUGAGAAACGUGCCGGCGUUCUGCUCAGCAGUGCCGUUCCUUUCCUUCUCAGCGAUAAAGGACUUGACUCUAGUGUGGAGGAGGUACGGGGGUACGCCAUCGGUGCGCUCGUGCAGAUUAUCAAGAAAAGCCCCGGCACGCUGCUACAUCCCUUCGUGCCUAGCAUCCUUGAGAAGUUCCUGAGCUCGCUGAGCGCACUAGAACCCCAAGCUGUCAAUUAUGUUCAUCUCAACGCUGACAAGUAUGGUCUGACUGGCCAGGAGAUUGACAAGAUGCGUCUAUCCAGCAUUCGCACGUCUCCCAUGAUGGAGGUCAUUGAGCGAUACUUGAUCGACCACCUGGAUGAGAACAACGUGAAGGAGCUCGCCCCCAAGCUGGAAAAUACCCUCCGCUCGGCCGUCGGCCUCCCUUCAAAGGUCGGGUGCAGUCGAGUCCUAGUCCUCUUGAGUAUGAAGACCCUCCUCUUCCGCCCCUACGCCGACAAGUUCAUCCAGCUCCUCAGCAAGUACGUGGUCGACCGAAACGAGACAGUUAGCGCAUCCUACUGCACGUCACUGGGGUACCUCCUGCGACUCGCAUCCGACGAUCAAGUCCUCAAGACCAUCAACCAUGCCAAGACACUCUAUCUCAACGCAGAAGACGCAACGACGCGGACGAUUGCGGCCGAAAUUCUCUACUCAGCCUCGAAGCUGUCCAACGAUCGAUUCAUGGCCUUUGCUACGGCGGCGCUCCCCUUCGUCUUUGUCUGCAAGCAUGAUGCAGAUGAGCAUGUGAAGGAGGAGUUUGACAAGACGUGGCAGGACAACGUGGGUGGCAACCGAGCCGUGUCUCUGUAUCUCCGCGAGAUCGUGGGUCUGGUGGCGGAGAACCUGGAUUCGGCACGGUGGGCUAUCAAACACACGGCUGCGCGGGCGAUUGCCCAGGCAGUGGUUUCGCUAGAGGGGGAGAUUGAUCUUCCGACGGCGCAAUUGGUGUGGCCGGUGCUGGAGAAGGCCUUGUCCGGCAAGACGUGGGAGGGGAAAGAAGUAGUGCUGACGGCGCUGGUGAAGUUCGCGCGCUCCGGUCGGGUGCUCUGGACGGCAUCAACAGAUCUAGCAGAGUUGCUCAAGACCAUCGCCGUGCGCGAAGCGAAGCGAACUAACGCAGCCUACCGGCCGCAUGCACUGCGGGCAUUGGGGCAAAUUUCACAGGCCCGCGAAGUCAACUUGAUGCCUCAUGCCCUUGCAAUCAUUGGCCCCGUGAUCGACGAGGUUUUGGAGGACCAAGAAAAGGAUGGUGACAAGAUGGAUGUUGAUGGCAAGGCGCCCGACUCGACCGAGACGCUAGCCGCAUGUGUCGAGUGUCUACUAGAGUGUCUCAACCCGGCCACAGCCGAACCUAAAGUGCUGGGAGAAUACGUGCGACAAGUGAUCGGUCCGUUGGACCAGGCCCUGACCCACGGGGCCCGACAGGUCGUCAGCACGGUCUACCAAGAGCUCCAAGCGUUUUUCACCCGAGUGGAUCAGUGGCCGGGCUUUACGGAGGCUGCGCCGGAGUCAGCAUCCGAGAAUGGCGAGUGUGUUUUGGCUGGGCCUAUGCGAUCGCUCGCUUCAUUGCUCGUGCGCGAUGCGGACGCCAUCGAGGUGGUGCGCAAGGGUCGCGCGGAGGCGGUCUUGUCGUACCUGAAGCUUCGGCCGGGAGUUCGGGGGGUGCCUGAGGCGCGGUUGGGCGAGUGUUUACGUGUGUGGAGAGCUAGUGAGCGAUCGAGCACCGUACAGCGCCUGUUGGACGAGGCGUUGGCGGUGGAGAGCUGA